AUGCACGCCAAACAAUUCGUCUUCAACCUGAGAGAUUACGAGGUCAGAGAUAUCCUGGGCGAGGGUGCCUACGGCGUCGUGGCGCUGGGAGUGCACAGAAGAUCCGGAACGACCGUGGCUGUGAAAAAGAUCGAACCGUUUGAAAGAGAACUCUUCUGUUUGCGCACACUCAGAGAAAUCAAGCUCCUCAAACACUUCAGACACAACAACAUCAUCAGCAUCCUCGACGUCCAGAAACCCCGCGACUUCGAGUCUUUCAAAGAGGUGUACAUUGUCCAGGAGUUCAUGGAGACCGACCUGCAUCACGUGAUCCGGUCCCAGGUGCUGAGCGACGACCACGUCCAGUACCUGAUGUACCAGGCGUUGAAAGGUGUCAAGUGUCUGCACUCUUGCGGGGUGAUUCACCGGGACCUGAAGCCUGCGAACCUGCUGGUGAACUCGAACUGCGAUCUAAAGAUCUGCGAUUUUGGGCUUGCUCGGGUCGGCAGAGACGACUCGUCCGGGACGCAUUCCGAAUCCAAAGACUCUUUCCUGACAGAGUACGUGGCCACGAGGUGGUAUCGCGCUCCGGAGAUCAUGCUCACAUCGUCGCAGUACUCCAAAGCCAUCGACAUUUGGUCCAUGGCAUGCAUUUUGGCAGAAAUGCUGCUCAGAGAGCCGUUUUUGCCAGGGAAGGACUACAGACACCAGCUACUUCUGAUUUUCGAGAUUCUGGGCACUCCAACGGGGGCAGACUUCCAAUCCAUCAAGUCCAAACGCGCCAGAGAGUACAUUCGGUCGCAGCGGUUCUUCAAGAAGAUCCCACUCAAGAAGAUCUUCCCGCGUGCGAACCCAGUUGCUGUAGACCUGAUGGAGAAGAUGCUUAAAUUCGACCCGACGAAAAGACUAACCGUGGAGGAGGCCCUGGAGCAUCCGUACUUUGGCUCGUACCGCGUGCCUGAAGAGGAAACAAACGCGCUGCCGAUCUCCAAAGACUUCUUUUUCUUCGACGACUGCAAAGAACAGCUCGAAAUGAUCGACCUCAAACGCAUGCUCUACGCAGAGAUCCUGGCCACGUAA